AUGUUUGAUAAAAUUAUGACAACAACAUUCCAUCCCAGAGAAGCCAAUUUACUGGUCAUUGAUCCAGGAAGUCUUUACACUCGUGCCGGACUCGCAGACUAUCAGAACCCUCCUGCUCUGACGGCGAUAUCUCGUAUAUCGGAUAAGGAAUUAGCUGCUGAACUAGAGGCUCAGGAGAUUGCUCAAAGGGAAGCACUACUAGAAACUCAAACUGCAUCAAAAGAAUUGCUGCUUACUGAACAAACAGCUCAAGACACAGAUGCGACUGAUAUGAUGGUGGAUUCACCAUCCCAUGCAGUUGUAGCCAAUACUGCAACUACUACAGUAAGUCCAGCUGCUGUUGCAGAUGAACUCAGGGUAAAUACUCGGCAUGAUGCCAAUGAGAGUGGAAAAGGAUCUGCUUCUGAUCAUGCAUCCAGUGCCUGGGUUCAACCCAUACAAAACGGACAAGUUGCAGAUUGGGAUGCACUUCAGGUUUUAUGGAGAAAGAUUCUAGUAAAUCAUUGUGGAGUAGAGAGAGCUACAAAUAUCAAUCCAGUGCUACUGACUGUUCCUGUAUCUUGGUCUCGUAGCGAUCAGGAGCGUGCAACUCGGAUCUUGUUCGAGUACAUUAAUGUACCUGGAAUGUUUUUGUUGGACCAACCUGUUGCUGCUUUAUACGGAGCGGGUGUCACAUCUGGUCUAGUUGUGGAUAUUGGUCACACUACCACAGAUAUUUCUCCAGUAUUUGAAAAUGUUGCGGUAUAUUCUGCAAGUGUUACUAUUGCUGUUGGCGGACAGGACAUUGAAACAUACUUGGUUCAGUUGAUGAAUGGCGACGAAAAGUUUGUUGCUUCAUAUGGCAAGUAUAUUGGAAGAGAUCUUGCUCGUGCAUUUAUCCAGUCCCCAGCGUUUUUUGCACCUAGCCUGUCUGGUAUUGAGCAGCCAAAUGCAGAGUUUGAUUUCAAGGGCCAAAAGAUCGAUAUUGGGUCUUGGGGAUUUCGGGCCAUUGAUGUGUUGUUCAAGCCAGAAUUAAUUGGAAAGGAUGUACCUGGAAUCCAUGAUGCCAUGCAUUUGGUUGUUAGUAAUUCAUGCGAGCCAGAAAAACGGUUAUUUUUAUGGGAGAAUAUUCUUUUGGUUGGCGGCUGCAGUCUCAUUAGAGGUAUAAAGGAUCGCAUUGAAAGUGAACUUGCGGUGCUUUUAGCAGCAUCAGAGACUUCGAGCGAGUAUCAGGCAAAAGAUGUAAAAUGGAUCAAACUUCCCGAUUAUUUUGUUGAAUUCAAGGAUCGUUCAUGUGAUGCGGCCUUUUUAGGAGGAUCUAUUACUGCCAAGCUCGUGUUUACCAGUAGCGGUGCAAUGUAUUUGACACGAGCCGACUAUGAUGAAUUUGGGCCAGCAGCAUCGUUUCUCAAAUCUGGAUGAAUAUUUGGCCAAGUCAAUACGAUAGUUUUCAAUAUAUAAAUACAACACAAUUCAUUGAA